GUUUUAGGCUUGGAUUAUUAAUUUCGAACAAAUGUACUAAUGUUACAGCUAGCAGUGGGCCUUCACAUCACGAGUUAAUGGUUAAGAUCAAAACAUUUGUCUUAUUUCGGUAGAGUUCGAUUACUCGGCGCUCAGCGAGCUAACCUGCGGUGUUAGCCUGGCUAGCCGUUAGCUGGAUGCGCAGCAGCAAGUACCGAUUGGCAGCUACCAAACCGUCGGACCAAUGCCUCAGAAUUCAUCCUGGAUCUGUUCUACCUGGUUAGGGACGAACUCUGGUCGCUCAUUUUAACAGAACCUGAUCGACCGAGUGCCCUGCAGCUGCGGAUGUUUCUGUCUGACGGUUUAUUGUUCAGCAGCCAAACGAAGCUAGCCUGUUAGCAGCUAACCCGUUAGCAGCGGCUGUGAAGCCUUAGCUCUGCAUGGCGACAUCAGCCUGACGGCAGCGGGUGUGAGCAGCCAAUCAGCCGAGGCCCCUGGUAGCAGCAUGGCAUCCCGUCAGAGGAACUCGGUCCGGAUCCUGUCCAGCCGGGAGCGGGGAUCGCAGACGUUUGGCUCGCAGCGGCUCCUGCAGCUGCUGGUGGAGGAGAAGGUCCGCUGGAUGAAAUGGCAGAGUCAGAAGGUGGAGCUUCCUGACAGCCCGCGAUCAACGUUCCUGCUGGCCUUCAGCCCUGACAGGUCUUUAAUGGCCUCCACACACGUCAACCACAACAUCUACAUCACGGAGGUGAAGACGGGAAAGUGCCUACAUUCCUUGGUGGGCCACCGGAGGACCCCAUGGUGCGUGACCUUUCACCCCACCAUUCCUGGCUUGGUGGCCUCUGGGUGCCUUGACGGGGAAGUCCGCAUAUGGGACCUGCAUGGCGGCAGCGAGAGCUGGUUUACCGAGAGCAACGUGGCCAUCGCCUCCCUCGCCUUCCACCCAACGGCUCAGCUCCUCCUCAUCGCCACCAACAACGAGCUGCACUUCUGGGACUGGAGCCGCCCCGAGCCGUUCGCCGUGGUCAAGACGGGCAGCGAGACGGAGCGAGUAAGGUUGGUGAGAUUUGAUCCUCUGGGUCACAACCUCCUCACAGCGAUUGUGAAUCCAUCCAAUCAGCAGAAUGAUGACGACUCCGAGGUUCCCAUGGACAGCGUGGAGAUGCCUCACUUCCGCCAGCGUUCCUUCCUGCCUUCCCAGCCAGUUCGCCGGACGCCGAUCCUCCACAACUUCCUGCACAUCCUGUCGUCCUCCCGCUCUGCGGGGCACAGCGUGGGCGCCGAGCAGCAGCAGCAGCUGCCGCCACGGCCUCCGAGCGACGGUGGUAGUGCCGCCGAGGCCCCCAGUACGGCGGGCGGAGCCUCCAUUCCAGGUUGCACCCAGCACCUGGGCAUGCUGUGCGUGUGCACUCGCUGCUCUGUCAGCCGGAAGCGCGCGAUGCCCGCCGGCGCCUCAACGACGGCUACGCCAGACCCCAGAGUCUCGUCGGAGACCCCCCCUCUCUCCACCGCCUCCACCUUCUCCUCGGCACGCACGGAGCCCAGGCAGCCCACAGAGCGGCCCUCAGCCUUCACCUCCGUCUACUACAGCGCCGGCGCCUCCCUGAACCCCAUCAUGCCAAAUAUCUUGGAGCCUCUGUCGGCCCCCAGGCCCAGCCCAGACUGGACCCGCAGCCUGUUGAACAUGAGAGAAGUAGGGGUGGGUCCGUCCAUGCUGCCUCCUCGGACUUCCUCCUCCUCCUCGGUCAGCCUGCUGUCGGUGCUGCGGCAGCAGGACGGCUCGUCUCAGUCCCCGCUCUACACCUCUGCCUCCGAGGGCCGAGGUUUCUCCCAGCAGGGGGACACGGGGCCCCGGGAGUCGGCCGGCACCAGCAGCGGCCACCACCCGUUCUGGGAUGGCUCUCGGAGCUCCUCGGCCUCCUUCCGGAACGUCCUGCAGUGCAACCUGAGCCGUUACUUCCUGGAGAUCGACCGCAUCGACAUCGACCCGUCACUGGGGGGCAGCAUAGCCGACGGGAACCAGGAGCCCGGCCAGGAACUGCUGAACAACAACAUGGACACAGAGAGGCCGAGCCAGCCCUCCUCAUCCUCCUCUUCCUCCCCAACCAUCAUCCAUUACCAGCCUCCCGCCCCGCCCGCCGCCGCCUCCAGCAGCUUGGAGAACAACGUCCCUCCCCCGGCCUCCAGGGGCCACUUGAACCGCUGCCGGGCCUGCCACAACCUGCUGACUUUUAAUCAGGACUCACAGCGCUGGGAGCGCACGCACCAAACCUCCUCCACCUCCUCUUCCUCCUCGCUGGAUGCGCCCUCCUCUUCCUCUUCCUUCCCCUCCCCAGCAGCACCUUGGCAGCCGGAUGACAGCAGGCGGACGCUAGAAGCUCAGAACCUGGAGAGGAGGGCGGUUCCUGAGCCCAUCGAGCAGCCGCCUCUGCCUCCUGCGGGGGCCGGAACCGUGGCCUUCCCUCUGGCCCCUCCUCCCAGCCAGGCCACCGAGCAGACGGUGGGCCUGGUCUACAACCAGGACACGGCGCAGUGGGAGAGGGUGUACCGGCAGGCAACCAGCAGCCGGACCGCCGAGCCACCAGAGGCCUUAAGCCAAGAAAUGCCUGUUGACCCCCCUGAUGAGGACUCGCUGCGGAGGCGGCUGCUGGAAUCCUCCCUGCUGUCGCUGUCUCGGUACGACAUGUCCGGAUCCAGAGACCACCCCAUCUACCCAGACCCGGCCAGACUUUCUCCAGCAGCGUACUAUGCUCAGAGGAUGAUCCAGUACCUGUCCAGACGGGACAGCAUUCGCCAGCGUUCCCUGCGAUACCAGCAGAACCACCGCAUGCGAACCAUGUCCACGUCCUCCGACAGCCCCGCCCCCAACCCCUCUAGUGCAAUGGACAACAGCGACGUGGACUUUGAGGAACUGGAUGAUCCUGCAGACCGAGCGAGACACAGGACACCAAGGAAUGCCAGGAUGUCUGCCCCCUCGCUGGGGCGAUUUGUCCCACGUCGUUUCCUGCUUCCGGAGUACCUGCCGUACGCCGGGAUCUUCCAUGAACGAGGACAGCCCGGUCUGGCUACUCACUCCUCCGUCAACAGAGUUCUGGCUGGAGCCUCCAUCGGAGAGGGUCAGUCUGCGGUCGCCAGCAACAUCGCCAACACAACAUACCGCCUGCAGUGGUGGGACUUCACCAAGUUCGACCUGCCAGAGAUCAGCAACGCCUCCGUCAACGUUCUGGUGCCAAACUGUAAAAUCUACAACGACGCCAGCUGUGACAUCUCAGCAGACGGCCAGCUGCUGGCGGUUUUCAUUCCCAGCAGCCAGCGGGGCUUUCCUGACGAGGGCAUCCUGGCCAUCUACUCUCUAGCUGCACACAACCUGGGCGAGAUGCUCUACACUAAGAGAUUCGGUCCAAAUGCCAUCUCUGUCAGCCUGUCUCCUAUGGGAUGCUACGUCAUGGUGGGCCUGGCCUCCCGUAGGAUCCUCCUGCAUCCUUCCACUGACCACAUGGUGGCGCAGGUGUUCCGCCUGCAGCAGCCGCAUGGAGGAGAGACGUCCAUGAGGAUGGUCUUUAACGUGGUUUACCCCAUGGCUCCAGACCAGAGACGCCACGUCAGCAUCAACUCGGCCCGCUGGCUGCCGGACCCGGCCAUGGGUCUGGCUUACGGCACCAACAAGGGCGACCUGGUGAUCUGCCGGCCGGUGUUCUACAGAAGCGAUGGUGAGAGUCCCGCUGAGCCCAGCAGCGAGCCACUGUUCUCGGUUAACAACAGUGGAACCAGCCGGACUCGAGGUUCUGACAGACCAGGGCCAAACCGCUCCGGCUGGAGGCUGGACAGAGACAUGGGACUGAUGAACGCCAUCGGACUGCAGCCGCGAAACCCCGCCCCUUCAGUGACAUCACAGGGCACCCAGACCCCGAUCAUCCAGCUGCAGAACGCCGAAACGCAGACGGAGAGAGACCUGUCGGAGCCCGGCGGUUCCCAGCAGCCUCCCAGUCUGAUGGCAGAAACUCCGUCUACGAGUCGAGCUGCUCAGACGGCUCCAGUUGCACCGGAAAACCGUGGAGUUCAGGACAGAGUCCAGACAGAAAGUUCUGCAGAGAGCACCGAUUCUGCUGCAGGUCCGGCUGAGUCUGCAGACUUUGGUUCUGGAGAAGACGCGCUGGCCCGGAUCCGCCGGCUGAUCGCCGAGGGCGGCAUGACGGCCGUGGUCCAAAGGGAGCAGAGCACCACCAUGGCCUCCAUGGGUGGCUUCGGGAACAACAUCAUCGUCAGCCACCGCAUCCACCGAGGCUCCCAGACGGGCCCCGGGGCCUCCAGGCCUCAAGCGGACCCCGGCACUCAGGCGCUUCUCGUCCCCCAGCCCUACCCCCUCCAUUCCCUGCAGGCUGAUCCCCCCGAGCGACUGUCCCCCAUGUGGGGCUCCCAGGUGCUGCGGGGCCCCCGGCCCCCAGGCCUCUCUGUGAGGCUGGACAUGGACGAUGUUUUCGACGGGGGACGAACUAAUGGCUCCCCCCCACAGGGUCCUUCCUCCUCCUCCUCCCUGCUGUUGUCCUCUUCCUCCUCCUCAUCCUCUCAAGGCCCCCUCCCCGGGAGUGGAGGCGGGUCUGACGGUUACCCUGGCGACCCCUACAGCAGGUAGUCUUCUGAUUGGCCGAGAGAAGCGGAGUCCAGCGUGCUGCUCAGAGCCUUAACUCACAAAUACAGGUGCUGCUUCGACACGGCCCCCCCCCUCCUCUUCUCACCCUCCUCAUCCUCACUGCGUAUAGAUCAUUCCUCAUGGGAAACGACCCUCCUCCCUGAUUGGUCCACUUCGUUUCCAUGUGAUGAAGGGGAGGAAGCAGAGGAGGAGGAUGGUUUCUUCAUCAUAGACGGUCUCCUGCUGCGCUCGGUGCCAAGUGACCAGAUAACCAAUAAAGCAGAGACUGACGUCUCCGGACUCACUGGACUUUGUCCUGUGACUGUGAUGGGGGGGACAGGGUCCCAUGAGAGGACAGAGAUGGGUGUGAGUGUCCUAUUGGGGGACGGGUGUGAGAGAGUCCCAUCAGAGGACGAGGGACGCGUAUGAGUUUGUCCCAUCAGGGGAAGGGGGACGCUUCAGGCUGAAGGGACAGUAGAGACUGAAUGGUGGAAGAUUAGAUACGGUUUCAGUUUGUUUUGGGUUUUUAAACGAGGAGAGAAAUGGGGGGGGGGUCUGGACUGGUACUGUUACCCGGACGGGUCUCGCUCUGACCCCCAAUGCUUCUUAAAAACCCAGAGUUGCACUACGGUGUGUUUUGAUGCUACAUGAGCCUGAACAGAAGAGUGUGUGUGUGUUUGUGUUCACGGUUCUGUUCCAUGGUUCUGACCCGGCCCCCAUUUACUGAUCCGGUCCACAUUAAAGGAACAAACAGGGGAGGAAACUGGAUCACAAGCUUUGGACCAGAACCGUUGACUUUUUCAGAGCUGCUGCUAAUUGUUUUCACUCUGUGAGUCUGGGUCAGAACCGGAGCAUGUUUCCUUUUCCAAACUAAUCCUGUGUGUUUGGUUCUGGUUCUAAGCCGGUUCACUUAGCUCAGAACAUUUGGACCUGAUAGUUUUUAUUUUCAGCCAAUCAAAUCAUGGACCCAUCUCUGCCGCAUCAUGUGACUGGUUUCUGCAGAGCAGCGCUGGGACGGUUCUCUGCCGCGGCUCGCUUAUCGGAUCUAACCCACUCUGAAAGUGCCGCACUUUGAGCCUCCGAACCGGGCGGACGCUGACGCGAGGCAAAAUGGAAAAUAUCCAGAACCUAAACGGGUCUUUGUUACAGAGCAUCGUUCACGGUCGCCUGAUGAAGAUGAACGUAGCUCCUUAGGUUCUGGGUGAAUCAGGCCAAACGCACCAAACAGAACCCUGCAGCAAAGCAUCAUGGGAUUCUGAGUUUUAUCUGGUAAGACAAAAAAAAUAAAUAAAAAUGAAGGAUCCAGAGUGUUUGAACGGCGCUCUGCACCCAGAGUGAACUCUGGUCAAAGUUUGACCUUUCUUCCUGGUUCUGUUGGUCCAAACUACAUCCAGAAUAUUUUUAAGAAAAAAUAACAAUGGGAACCAUUCCCUGCAGUGUUUUGGUGAAUUCUGGAGGUUCUGAUUGUUGAUUUGACCCGAAUCUUGACAGGUUCUUCCUGAAGCGGAUCCUCAGCGUUGGAUUGACGGUGGGCGACAUUUUGUGGAGCUGGAAGCUCAGAGAUGGUUUUGGGCUGACAGGUGAAGAAGAAGAGGACUGAUGAAGUUGUUCCAGACCUUCAGCUCCUCUUCCUCCCUCGCUCCGUUAAACCAUUAAUAAAGGAGAGAUUUUAGCUCUGCUGUGUGCAGAGUGGUCCCGGUACCAGUCGUCAUGAUUGAUCAGGUUUCCAUGACGACAGCAGAGCUCUGAGGCAGGAAGCAGCAGCUUGAUUGGUGGACAUUUCAGACCCAGAGAGUGUGUGUGUGUGUGUGUGUGUUCAGGCUGUGGAGGGAUGAGUGGACGAAGCUGAACGGUACUGCUGUGUCAGGAUCCCACUGUGGACCGCUCCAAAACGACUCUUUGAAUUUUAGAUGUGUUGUAAUUAAAGAGCUUUGAGAGUU